AUGGGAGCUGAUAUCCCUGGAAUUAACACGAGCUUCAAUCUCACUCAUAACGACUCUUCGAGGAUCAGCAGCACUGGUGCUGCCUUUUCGGGAUUUGUCAUGGUGAUCCUGGCUGUGCUUAUGGUAACUCUGGUAGUUGUAGUCGUAGUUGGGAACGCACUGGUCAUCCUCGCUUUCAUAGUGGACAAGAGCCUGCGAAACCAAAGCAACUAUUUCUUCUUGAACCUUGCGAUAUCAGAUUUUCUUGUAGGGGCCUUUUGCAUCCCGGUCUACAUCCCGUACAUUCUAACUGGGCGGUGGAUGUUCGGGAGAGGACUGUGCAAAUUGUGGCUGGUCGUAGAUUACCUGCUGUGCACCGCCUCGGUCUUUAACAUCGUUCUCAUAAGCUACGACCGCUUCCUCUCCGUCACCAGAGCUGUCACUUACAGGGCUCAACAGAGCAUGACCAGUCUGGCUGUGUGGAAGAUGGUCGCCGUGUGGGUCCUGGCAUUCCUCUUGUACGGCCCGGCCAUCAUCUUCUGGGAGUUUGUGGUGGGGAGUAGCAACGUGCCGGACGAUGAAUGCUUUGCAGAGUUCUACUACACCUGGUACUUCCUGCUCUGCGCCUCCACCUUUGAGUUCUUCUCCCCCUUCAUUUCGGUGGCCUUCUUCAACCUCAGCAUCUACCAGAACAUCCGGCGGAGAAACAAGAACCGGGCCAUCCACAUGAAGGAGCGCGGCAGCCAGCCCCAGCCCCAGGGCUCCUCCGUGUUCUUCGUCAAGACUCGCAAGGUGUGCUCCGGCGAGCCCGCCGCUGCCGUCGCGUCCGCCAUGGUGGAGGUGGACGAUCAGUUCCCCUCCUCCAGCUGCCCCAGCCACCACACCUUCGUGCCGAAGAAGAAGAAGGGGGGGUCUGGCAAGCGGAGGUCCGUCGGCUCUCACUCCCGCGGGGCCGGGAGCGGGGCCCGCGGCUCGGCCGCCAAGAGAAUCACGCAGCAUUCGCGUCUGUCCCGGGACAAGAAGAUCGCCAAAUCGCUGGCCAUCAUUGUGUGCAUCUUCGGGGUCUGCUGGGCACCAUACACUCUUCUGAUGAUCAUUCGGGCAGCCUGCAGAGGGCACUGUGUAGAUUACCACUGGUACGAAAUCACCUUCUGGCUCUUGUGGCUGAAUUCAGCCAUCAACCCAUUCCUGUAUCCUCUCUGCCAUGGCAGUUUCAAAAGAGCUUUCAUUAAAAUAUUGUGCCCCAAACGGCAGUCCGUACAACCUCAGAUUGUAACUGAGUCCUGACAGUGACAAAAAAAAAAUAAAAACUAAAAAAUAUUGCAAUGAAGUCUCUCUGAAGAGACUUGGGAGGCUGGGAGGACUGAUGUUAAGGAAGUUUACCUUGGACCAAAAGCACAAUGUAUAGUAUAUGGGGGCUGACCCCAUGCUGACUCAGACCCCUUUUUUUUUUUUUACAACAUUCAUGCUUCCGAUGUGUUUGUUUUAAGCUUGAAUAAUUUUCAUUGUAAAAUGGACACAGGGUAUUUCACGUAAAAUGUGUUUAUAUUGAAUAUGUAUUUUUCUCUCAUUUCACGUAAAACGUGUUUAUAUCGAAUAUCUAUUUCUCUGAAAGAUUUCCUACCAAGGCAAUUUAGUAGAAAGUGAUGGAUGUUAAAUUUAACUGAAUCAGUCUCCUCAAAGUGGACCAAAUCAUAGUGCAUACAAGGGCAAAGGAUUUUUUUUUUUUUCAUAUGCUGUUUUCUCUCAUGUGCAAAGGCAUUGAUAGAUGCAAACAAUUACUUUGUUCAAUUACAACGUUUUGCGGGCUAAACUAUGAAUGUGAACUGAUUACAUUAAAAAAUAGGGUGUAAAAGAUGUUCAUCGCAGAGAUUUCAAAGGAGAACAUCAUAAACAUGACGAAUAUAACAAGAAUAGUACAUCCGUAUAUUUAGUGCUGGUAAACCAAAGGGCAAAGCAGGUCCACAUUGAUUUGUUGAAUGUUUUUCAGAAUUUGCUUUUUUGCUCACCAUCUGUGCCAUCAGCUCAAUAAUUUUCUAUGUCUAUCAAUGUGACAAAAACACUUAAAGUCCAGGGCAAAGUGAGGCACAGCUGAGUCACACCUCUUUGGAUGAUAAUUACAGACAAUACUAUGGCACAAAAGGAUAAUGCGUCAAGUCCAAAAGAGAAAUGCUUUUUGAGUCCACGUGUUUGUGGGCUCUGAACAGGUGUGAAUGCAUGCCACCUUGUACCUACUUCGGUUUCAAAAUGAUACUGCUGUCCUAAUUUUAGCUACCGUCUUUCUGGAGUCCUUGUAAAUUGCUCUUGCUGUGGUACUGUUGUCACGUUGAUUUGGAAGACAAUCUAGUGUGUCUCAGCAUGGCAUUGUAAUUUUGAUUCAGUAGUGAUACCACUUGCUUUUCACUCCAUGAAAGAUCGCUGGUGCCAUUUUCCAAAAAUCAUUGCAUUGCCUGGAGAAAAGAAAGGAACCCAUAGACAUUUAAGAUGCAUUCUCUUCAGAAUUUGAUGCACAUUCAAAAGUAGUUCUGGUAGGCCUGGUCUCAAACUUCAGACACUGCAUUGAGCAAAAUUCCUGAUAGGUGGGUGUUAAACUCUAUCACUUUUGGUUUCAAAUAUAAUUCCCAACUUGAAUUCAUAGAUUUCUACACUGGAAUACUAUGCUUUCUCCAGCCAUCACAUGCAGCUCAUUGCAAGUCAGUUAUUUGGAGGAUAACUAUGGUCUAUGGCAUUACAAGCAGUAAACAUUGUUUCAGAGUGUGGUCAUUGCAACAGAGGCUGUUGUCUGUUUUGUAUUCUACUCCUCCUCCUCCUCCACCCUCCUGGGUCCUUAGCUGGAUAGCUCACUCUUCACUGCCUAUUAAUACCAGCCAAUCGAUGUGACACAUCAGUAGUGCAUGCCCAUAACUAUCAGCCUUGCUAAUACAUAAACCAGUUAAAUUAGAACAACCAGAAUGUAGUCUUAUUAGUAACUGAUACUCCUGCAUACUCAUUAUGUUAUGAAGGCUAAAAUGAUACCCGUGUUGAGGGUUAUAUCACCAGGUAACACAAAUGAAGACUUUACUUUGUUUUCCUCAGUGAGGAAAACACUGAACGAACCUUCCUAGUGUGAUGUGUGAUUAUACUUUGUUAUGGAAUUAUGGGAGUGAAUAUACAAUGCAGAAACCUACUUUAGGUCAUCAAUUUGUUUGACAGCACAAGGAGCGCCAAAUCCAUGUUGCUUUUCAUCCCAUUUUUGAACUUCACUUGUGGCCAUUGAGGAAAAGCAAUACCUAGGUUGACUCUGGUUUUUGAACAAGCCCAGGUUGUUGUUUAGCUUCACUGUACUUGUGCUUCCUCUCCUCUGCCAUUGCAGUAAAUAGCUACAAAUGCUCUGCUGAAUCAUGACCCCAUGCCAUGGGCUUUGUAGCCAGACCCUCCUCUCCCCACACAGAAAAGCGGCAGAGGAGCACGGAUUCGGGAAACGUGUACAAAUACAGAGACUGCCAGUGCAUCAUAGAUAUGACUGAACAUCAAUCCAUCCACCCAUCCAUUAUCUAUACCCGCUUAUUCCUUGUCAGGUUCAUGGGGGGUGCUGGAGCCUAUCCCAGCAUGCACUGGGCGAGAGACAGGAAUACACCAUGGACAGGAGGCCAAUCUAUGACUGAACAUGGUUAUUUAAUAUUUUCAAGGUAAAAAUCCUACAUAGUACACUCCUGGUAAAAAAGGGCCAUAUUUUAUAUAUAAAUAAUAUUAUAUAUAAAUAAAUAUUCAUAAUGAAUAUUUCUUCCAUUGAGUUCAACAGGAAUAUUAAUCAGGAGAAACAAUGCUUGUAGUAUCUGCUGCAUAUCUGGCAGCAGCAUAGUGGUUUGAGGCUCAUUUGAUGCCUUGGACCCUUGAUGACUUAAAGCCAUUUAGCCAACAAAUGUGUUCCAUACUGUAUCAGCAUAAUUUACAGCUGAAUCUAGUCCCACCCCCCAAUUCCCAUAGAGAUCCAUUCAAAUACAAAGUGUUUUUAUAUCGCUUGUAGGACAUCCUGAAAAUAAGAUAUCCAGACUCUGAUGGUGUUGAUAGGUCACAGACAUCAGGAAGUCGUGGCAUGCAAAUGAUAUGCAACCAAAUACAAAACAUGACUCUUAUUUGACAUUAUAUGUUAAUCUGUCUACUGUAUAACUGAAUUUCCCUGUUUCUAGCUUUUCUCCAAACAGUUCACUGCAGCAAAAGUAAACAAGCAAAUGUUGGCACAGAAGGUCUCAGGAGUGCAUUUGUUUAAUUCUUGCUAAUUUUCUGACCAAUGAUUUGUUGCAAUUUUGGGCUUGGCCCAUUUUUUUUGCCCAGGAGUGUACUCUUAUAACAAUAUUGUUUUAGGGUACUUGCAACAAUCCAGAGGUCAGGUUGGAAUGCCUAAUUGUUUAUUCAUAUUCACAUUUAUUAGAGAAUCAGGAGUGGGAAAAAUGUGUGACUUAUGUUCUCUCAGAAAUCGCACUGGCUACACGAGCAACCAUGAUGUUUUAGUAUAGAAUCUGGGGGUUCCGAGUUUUGUUUUUGUGCAAUAUGCCUUUUUCAGCAGAUUCAUACACUAAUAGCCAGAAAUAAUGGUAAAGAGCAUAAAAUUACAUUAAAGGUCCAGGAAACAAAAAUCUGAAUUGUUUGCUGAUGUCUUGUUUUAUUUUUUGCAUUCACAAAUGGGCGAAAUAUUUUAAAAAGGUCCUUGGAAAAAAAACAAAAAAGCCUGAGCUAAAAUUGGCUUGCUUUCCCCUAGGCUAAACACCAGGUUUUCAGUGGACAGGGUUAACUUAGUUACAUAACAAAAACCUUAAAUCCAGUGAAAUCCUUUCUACGUGUAAAAUGUAAAUGAGGCUCUUGCCAGUUUUGUGCAGGUAAGGCAAGCUAAGUUGAAAAUGCCUAAGCAUUGCCCCUUCUCUGGAUGCCGAGAAAGAAACACACUUUUCUUUUCACAAAAAUGGAGACAUGCUGGAAAUGGGUUUUAUUUCUGGAGCCCACAGGAACUGCAAUAUAACAGUAACUCGCACAGUUAAUAUUUGCAGUGCCCAUUUUUGCCUGGAACUUACAUGGUGGAUCGUAAAUAGGCCAACCGUUAGCUAUCGACAAUUAAAUAGCUUUCAAGCUUAGCCAUGUGGAGUCAAAUUUUCUUUAUUUGGGUGUAAUGUCCAGAGUUUGACACUGCUACAGAGUCUAAUGUUAGUUUACAGUAGUUCAGUGUUACACCAUUAUUAUCCAUUGAAUGAUCUUCAGGGUUAACUAUAUGAUGGUAAAGCCUAGUUUAUGUUGCUUUCUUUCGUUAUGUCUGGUAGUGUAUGGUUACUAUUCUAAUUGGCUCUUACCUAGCUAGUGAUGAGGAAUGGUUUGCAUACUCUUGAAAUCUUCAACUGAGCAAAAUCAAGUUCUCUCUUUUUAUUAUUUCAACAAACCACCUCAUAAAGCAGUUGUCUUGUUAAGCAUUUUAGAACAUUUCCUACUUAUAUCAAAAUGUAUUGUUGGCCAUGGUAUAUGUAUGGAUUUAAAGGGGAAAUAUAAAUGUGGGGGAUUGGCAUCAAGCUGUCACGACUUCUCCCAUACAUCCAGGUAUACCAAACUUACAUCAAUAUUGCCACCUUGCGCCAUUGCUUUCACUGCCCUCUGGUUUUCUGAUCAACUGUAACAUUUGCCUAGUCUCCUUUUUACUGACUAGUAUACCACAUUAGUAUUUCCCAUUGACAGCAAAUGUUUUUGGUGCAAUACAACUUGCGUGACAAAUGUUUUUUCCUUUAAACAUUACAACUCAGUGCUGUUGGGUGAAAUAUGAUAUAAUGGUAUGGGCCAUUAAAGGACCACAAAUCAAGUGUGGUUUUCACUCUUAUGUGUUCAAAUGGAAAUCAUUUUUUUUUUUAUAAGCCAUGUGUUCAUGUUAUUGUAAAGAAGGCCAAGGUAAGGUUAUAUCAAAUAUGUUUUAGAAAGAGCUUUUUGAUUAAUAAUGAAAACGGGGAAGUAUUCUGCUUUGCAUCUUCAAAAGUGUUUGUAAGAUAUUUGGGUUUCAAAUUUCAAAUGAGUACUUUACAAAAAUAGCUGACGUCAAUAAAUCAGAGAUGCAACACAGUCACAUAGGACUACAGCAGAAAUCUGUUCUAGUGAAAUCCAUUUUAUAAUAUUAAUUUGGAAAUUAACUGAACUGUACAUUUUAUGCAACUGUAUAGUCGAAACUCAGUGCAAAAAUAUGUCAAUUGUAUAAUCAUUUUUGCCAGUGUUCUUUAGCUUUAACUGUGUACUUGUACUUAUCAGUUCUUAAUAAAAAUUCUGUUAGAUGUUCAUGAAAAGGGAUGAAACUUUGUAGGUUUCCUUUUUUAAAAAGAAAAAUGACUUAAUUAGUAAAAAAUGGGUCGUAUGUCUACAUUUCAGUCUCUUCUCUAUCUGAUCGCCAUCAUAUGUAUGUGACAAUCUCAUUAGCAGGGUCAACCCAAUGGAAAUUUACUUUAAGAUGCUAAGGUUUUCUGAGAAGCCUUGCUACAAGACAAAUUCCUUUUCUCAAAUCAUGCCUUCACUUCAUCUCCAACGACCAUUUUGACCUUGCAUCUCAUCAGUGAUCACUGUUCCUGCAAUACGGAGUGAUUGGACUACAAUGGAAGGACCAUCAUGCAUGAUCUAGUAAAGCAUAAGGACGCAACCAUUGUAGCCUUUCUUCGUAUUUACCUGUCUUUUACCCGGUGUA